CAGCUUCCAUUCCAAUAACCCUAAAACGAAGAAGAAGCUUAGAGCUUUAUUAUCCUUUCACCACUGCAGCUGUCCUCUCAUCAUGGAUCAACGCCUCAAACGAACUUUGAAGAGAAAACUUGACUUGGAUGAAAAUGAAGGAACCGCCAAAAUUCGUCAUCUAGAUCUUCCCGCCGAUAUUUCUCAAAAGAUCAAUCUCCUCAACUCCGCUUUUUCACCCUCUGAUUCAGAUCGUUCCUCCGCGAAGAGAGCCCUAUUUGCACUUUCUGAAUUCGCCAAAGACGAUGAAAUUGUGGAUAUUUUAGUUGAUUGCGGUGCUGUUCCUGUUCUGACGAAGGUUCUGCAGACGGCAGGGACGGUGACUGGUGACUCUGAUUGUGAUGCCUUUACUUAUCAAUAUGAUGUGGAGAAAGAGUCUGCGUUCGUCCUUGGUCUCCUCUCUGUCAAACCAGAGUAUCAACAACUCAUUGUUGAUGCUGGAGCCUUGACUUGUCUUGUAGAUUUGUUAAAGAGACACAAAGCUCCUAUAAUUUCUCAAGCACUUUUUUCUGGUCUUCUUAGGAGAGUAGCUGAUGCAAUAACCAACCUUGCCCAUGAAAAUACAAACAUCAAGACCCUUGUCAGGCUGGAAGGUGGCAUCCCCCCUCUAGUUGAAUUGCUCGAAUUCAAUGAUACAAAGGUACAAAGAGCAGCUGCAGGUGCCUUGCGAACUCUUGCAUUUCAAAAUGCUGACAAUAAAAUUCAGAUUGUUGGAUGCAAUGCGUUGCCUUCUCUUGUACUAAUGCUUGGAUCAGAGGAUCCUACUAUACAUUAUGAAGCGGUUGGUGUGAUUGGAAAUCUGGUCCACUCUUCACCAGAUAUUAAGAGAGAGGUUCUUCAAGCUGGGGCUUUACAACCUGUUAUUUGCUUACUAAGUUCCUGCUGUUUGGAAAGCCAAAGAGAAGCAGCACUUUUAAUUGGUCAAUUUGCUACAACAGAUUCAGAUUGCAAGAUUCACAUUGCCCAAAGAGGGGCUAUACAACCCUUAAUUGACAUGCUUAAGUCACCAGAUUUACAGAUCAGGGAAAUGUCUACUUUUGCACUUGGGAGGUUGGCGCAGGACUCACACAAUCAAGCUGGUAUUGCUUAUAACGGAGGUAUAGAGCCUCUGCUCAAUCUUCUUGGAUCAAAGAAUGGCUCUGUUCAACACAAUGCAGCUUUUGCUCUCUACGGUCUUGCUGAUAAUGAGGACAAUGUUGCCGUUAUUAUUAAGGUUGGUGGUUUUCAACAACUGCAGUAUGGACAUUUCAAUGCUCAACCCACUCAAGAGUGUGUAACAAAGACGUUAAAACGAUUGGAAGAGAAGAUGCAAGGGAGAGUACUGAAACACAUGCUAUAUCUUAUGCGCUUUGCAGAAAAGGGUGUUCAAAGAUGUGUCGCUCUUGCUCUUGCGCAUUUAUGUUCCCCUAAUGAUCGUAAAACUAUUUUCAUUGAAAAUAAUGGAUUAGAAUCUCUGGUGGAUCUUCUUGAAUCUACAGACCUAAAGCAGAAGGGUGAAGCUUCAGCAGCGCUGUACAAAUUGGCAACCAAGGACAUAUGUUCUCUUGUUGAUCCUGCUCCUCCAUCACCAACUCCCCAGGUAUACUUGGGUGAGCAAUACGUAAACAAUCCUAAACUCUCUGAUGUCACAUUCAUAGUUGAAGGCAAAAGCUUUUAUGCUCAUAAAGUUUGUUUAGUUUCUUCUGAUAUAUUUCGUGCAAUGUUUGACGGGGGUUAUAGGGAAAAGGAAGCCAAAGAUAUAGAGAUUCCAAAUAUUAAAUGGGACGUCUUUGAGUUAAUGAUGAGAUUUAUAUACACUGGAACAGUAGAUGUAGAUUUGAAUGUUGCUGUGGACCUCCUUAAAGCUGCAGAUCAAUAUCUUUUGGAUGGUCUUAAGCGUAUUUGUGAAUAUGUUAUUUCUGAGGAUAUUUCUGUGGAAAAUGUCUCCUUGAUGUACGGGAUGUCAGUCACUUUCAAUGCUACAUCGUUACGAUAUGCGUGCAUACUCUUUGUCCUGCAAGAAUUUGAUAAAUUGAGUUCCAAACCAUGGUAUUGCCGCUUUGUUCGUUGCAUAUUAUCAGACAUUCGCAAAUUCUUCUCAACUUUUCUUACCAAGCCUGAUUCCUUAGACUUUUAAUCUUUAGGGUGAAAAUGUACAAAGUUGUAGAUGUUGAGUUAAUUAUAAACAUAAUUUCAUGUCAUUCUUUGGAACAACCUUUAGAAGAUGUUUUUUUCUGUGUUCUCAUGCGCCGAAUCCACUGUGAACAAAUUAUUCGAAGGAUAGUUUCAGUCCAAUUGCAUGGAAGCACCUUAAUUUUGUAGUUUCCGAAGUGGUAGGAAAGAACCAUUAUGUUGUAGAUAAAUUAUGAAAGUCUUGAACGGUACUUUAUGUUAUUUGGGCAUUAAAAAUGUCUAUUUCCUUUAAAUAAUCAUAUUAUAGUUUGGGUCGUUUAGGCCAGCCAAUGCUGCUUUCGAAAUUGUGUCAUAUUAAAGAACAUGAUUCUGUUUCUUGGCA